AUGCUCCUCACCGUUGUUGGUUUCCCAGUUUUCCUUCUGUCUCCGUCCUUGUGUUCUGUCGUCGUUCCGGGAUCCGCUCGAGUCGCUGCGUCGCGUAUAGGUGUCUGCGUCUGCAGCCCCUACUUCCUCAGUCACUCUGACGAUGGCAAGUCGUGCUGUGGGUGUCUUACUCCUGCGCAGCGAGCCCUCAACCCACUGUCGACAGUUUCGGCUGAGUUUUCGGGGUGUGGAGAGUUGCACCGUUGUUCUGCUGCUUUCCGCUCAUCACCCGGAAUCCGUCCUCGGCUGUUGUCUGUGUCGGAUGGGGGCGAUGUUGGCCCUCUCUGGUCGUGGACCGCCGGUAUGGGUUUGUUCAGUUUUCCUUCUGGUAACUCCGUCCGUUGGUUCGUGCUGCUCGGUGCGUUGAGUGCCCUGUCGGCGGAGACUUGA